AUGUCUAUCCUCGUCGCCCUAGAAAAAGCCAUUCGAGAGUAUUGGCUCCAUUCCCUUCGACCCGCUGCAGCGAAGUUUGGAAAGCAGAUUCAACGCCGCCAGCUUGAUCUCCCCGAAUAUGCUGCGGUUUUCGUCAAUUACAAAGCCCUAAAAAAGCUUAUCAAACAACUGAGUGCUACCCCGACAAUUCCAGCACGAGGCGGCCCGCAAGAGAAUAUUGAUACCCAAUCAGGCCUCCGAGCAAACAAAGAAGUGUUUUUCUUUCGAUUAGAGCGUGAAAUUGAGAAAGUCAAUGUAUUCUAUCUGCAAAAAGAAGAGGAGUUUUCCCUUAGACUGAAGACAUUGUUGGACAAGAAACAUGUCAUCAAAUCCCGCACUACUACCAAUUCGAAAGCCCCCGGAUAUUUUGUCUCUUUAUUUGAAGGAUUUCAACAGUUUGAUGGGGACCUCAAUAAGCUGCAGCAAUUUGUGGCGGUAAAUGAAACCGCGGUAUCUAAAAUUCUCAAGAAGUCUCGGAUGAAAGAGCUUUACCUCCAACGAGCCGUGGAAGUUCAGCCAUGCUUCAACAGAGAAGUCCUUCGUGACUUAUCAGACCAGGCGUCUACAGCCAGAUUCGAAUUAGAAGCUUGGGCAGAAGGCGAGAACAUCCAAUUCGACGUCCGUCCUACCGAACGUGCAGAAACAGGGUAUAUCGGUAAUGAAGAAUCGGAUCUUCAAGUCCUUCACGCUGCGAUCGGUGGCAAUUUGGCUUCUUUAAAAGAGUGGAUUGUCAAAGCUCGCGAAGCUCCAGAUGGUGGUGAUCGCGUUACUCGUGUGUUCUUAGCUGCUAUCAGCGAUUUCUCGAACGAGAUACUAGAGGUUUUACUUGAGAGUGGCAUGGUUGAUAUACAGGCUGAAGACGACAUUAAUGGACGAAAUGUUCUACAUGAAGCAGCAAUUUCCGGUCAAGCUCUCGCCUUCAAGGCUGGUUUGUCUGGCGGCGUUGACACCGCGAGGUCAGAUGUAUACGGCAGACUACCUCUUCACUACGCCUGUAUGCACGGUCGAGUAGAGAUGGUGGAUGCUCUUCUUGCUACAGGAAGCGAUACAAUCAAUAUCUCCGACCAUGAUAAUUUUACGCCACUCAUUCACAGUAUUGUUCGGGAUCAGUUAGCCUGCGCAGAACGACUUCUACAUAACAACGCGAGAAUUGACCCUAGCUCUGAAUCCGACCAUAUUCCUCUGAACCUAGCAUGCCAACACGGUUCAAUUCCAAUUGCCAGUUUGCUGCUCGAGAAGGGCGCUUCCUUGCUUCCUGAUGCGGAGGGUUUAUAUCCCCAACAUCUCGUUGCGCGGUCGGGCAGAGAGCCUGAUCUUUUAUUACUUCUCAAAAAACAUGGGGCGGACCUCAACCAACGCGAUAAGUUGUACCAAUGGACUCCUGUCUUUCACGCAGCGAGCGAAGGAUGCGUGAAUUGUCUCCAAACUCUCCUAGAUUUGGGCGUCGAUAUUACCGUUCUAGAUGAGAAGGGCCUCAUAGCGAUGUAUUAUGCGGCAUGGGAAGGACACCUCGAAUGUAUGGCACUACUAUGGUCAAAAAGGGACUCAUCACUGCCACACCGUCCUCUUGGUUUUGCUCAAACAGGAUCGCAGCUCGGCGGGGUAUCAUUCGAGCUUAAAGGCAUUCAAGAUGAUAAUGCUAUGUCGACUAGUAGCGACAUCGUGGAUGGUAUUCCUGAUCUGGAGCUUCCCCCUCCUAUUAUUCCAUUACGACGAUACGGUCACAACUUUUUGGAUAAAAAGGCCUUUGUUCAAAUUUACUUUGAACAAGGUGAUCCCGGCUCCAUAGUUUUCGACCAGGCCGGACGCUACCCUGCUGCUCGACUAACCAUAUCCUCAAAGUUAUCCGAUGUGGUACCGCGUACUUUAAUGCUUCCAUUGCAGGAAGAUUCACGCAAUGUUACUUUUCAAAUUGACAACCUAGAUGCAUUUACUAUCGACUUCGAGAUCUUUCCCACUUUCGGCUCCAAAGUGAUCGCAAAGACAGUCGCUUUACCAUCUGUUUUCGCUGCGGAAAAUUCAAGUGCGGGCACAUGCAAAUUGCCAUUAUUUGACCCACGGUUGCGCUCAGUUGGUCAUCUGCGUUUUAAGUAUCAAGUAAUCAAAGCAUACUACGGUGACCCGCUGGAAAUUACUCACUUUGCUACGUAUUGGAAAGCCACCAACGCAAUCGAUGCAGAUCAUAACGCAUUGAUUACAGGCUCCAGCUUGUCUGGUGACUAUAUGCAGCUGUUCGUACAGCUUACAAGAGACAAAUAUCCCGUUUUAUAUCCCCUUUACUCUAUCAACCAUCAUGGCAUUGAAAUUCCGGUCUGCUCCCUGUCUUACGAGCAAUUUACUAAAAUCGCUCAUUCACGAGGCAUUAAUACCGCCUCUAUCCUUGAAUCGCUACAUUCCAAAACGCCCGACGACAUGGUAACAAUCCACCAAGAACUUGCGACCUCUUUCCUAUCACUGAAGGAUGUGUUGUUGCAUCUCCCUACUCAAAUACACGUUAACCUAUCCAUCCUUUACCCAUCGGAGAAAGAGGAGCAGUCGCUUAACAUGGGAUCUUUGGUAGACAUCAACACCUUUGCUGAUUCAAUUCUCACUGUUGUGUUCGAACAUGCCAGAGCCUCCCGUGAAAGGAAUCCAGACUUUAUGCGAUCUGUCGUCUUCUCGUCCUAUAAUUCCAACAUUUGCAUUGCGCUAAAUUGGAAACAGCCAAAUUUCCCUGUAUUACUUUGCAACGAUUUGGGCCAGAUGAAGGAUUUUGUUCGGGAGAAUAACACCGGUGCUGUUGUUCAAUCGAGUGGUCAUACCUCGAUAUCCAUAAAGGAGGCUGCGCGAAUAGCUCAAAGCAAUAACUUAAUGGGUUUGAUAUGCCGGUCUAGUUUAUUGAACAUCAUGCCUGCGCUUAUCGAGACUAUCAAGGAGCAGGGAUUGGUGCUUGUAGCUGACGCAUCGGACAUGAGCGAUCAAACGGCUCGCGCGAAUGCCACAGGGGUUCCAUCAGAACGAACAUUUCAAAUGCCGGAUGGCGUGAACGGCUUGAUGAAAGCAACUGGAGUGCUUCGGUUCCAUGAGACCAUUGAUCUGUGA